AUGAAGAGAAACCUAAAUGAAAAUUCAGCUCGAAGUACAGCAGGCUGUUUGCCUGUGCCGUUGUUCAAUCAGAAAAAGAGGAACAGACAACCUUUAACUUCUAAUCCACUUCAGAAUGAUCCAGGUAUCAGUACUGUUUCAGACAUUUACAGUUCUCCUCCUCUACCAACAGAUUGGGCAUGGGAAGCGGUGAAUCCAGAUGCGACUCCUUUAAAGAAAACAGUGAAUACAGGGCAAAUGCCAGCUUCUGCUUCUUAUCCUCUGAGGUGUCAAGAUUCUGCGUCCAAAUCUAUUCAGCCAAAUCCUGAAAGAAGCCAAAGUGCUUGGGGCUACAGAGGUGACAACAGAAAUGCCAGCUUGAGAACUUGGGAUAAAAAUGAUUUCCGACCGCAGCGUAAAACAGCAAGCCCAGCAGCAAACAGUGAAUUCAGUUCUUGCCCAAUGAAUUUGGGAGCUCAACAACACAGACAAUUAGGAACACCUGAAUUUCCUAACUUACCUGGACACAAAGAAACUGAAGCACUCAGACAAACACGUUUAUUGAAACUGCCUGGCUCUACAGUGAAAGGCCCGGACAGAACCAGUGCACUGCAGGCAUUUAAGCAGAGUUUUCAACAAAGUCCAUUUAAGAAAACAGUGUUGGAUGACAUUCAAGGAGAAAACUCUCUGAAGGAAGCCCCCCUGCAUCAGUUAAAGGAAAAAGAUAAUUCUUUAAGAAUUAUUUCUGCAGUCAUUGAAAGCAUGAAGUAUUGGCGUGCCCAAGUGCAGAAAACGGUUCUUCUUUUUGAAGUAUUGGGUGUCCUGGAUUCAGCUGUCACGCCUGGCCCACAUUAUUCAAAGACUUUUCUAAUGAGAGAUGGGAAAAAUGUUCUUCCAUGUGUGUUUUAUGAAAUUGAUCGUGAACUUCCGAGACUGAUUAGAGGCCGAGUUCACAGGUGUGUUGGACACUAUGACCCAGACAAGAACAUUUUCAAGUGUGUUUCUGUCAGACCAGCAUCUGCUUCUGAACAAAAGACUUUCCAAGCAUUUGUUACAAUUGCGGAUGCUGAGAUGAAGUAUCAUACUAAAGUAAUGAAUGAACUGUAAAUAGUGACAAAGAGAGUUACACAGUUGCUUCUGUAUAACUUGUAGUUUGCUAGUUAUAAACAGAAACAUUUGUUGUUAAUAAUUUACCACUUGCAUGGUUUUAUCACUCUUGUUUUUCUCUAUUUCACUUCUUUUUCUGAAAAUAAAACUUUUCGUAUAGAUUUUACCAAAACAGGAUAGCUAGAUUUUAAAAAAUUUUGUAAUUUGAUUGAGCCAGGCUUU